AGAUUUGUUUUAUCUUAGCCAGUUUUACCCGACCCUGCAAUAUGUCUACAGUGGCAGGCUGUAUCUAGAAUCAAAACCAAAAUCAACAGAAGGCUGUAUUUACCCAUCGCGUACAUUAGCAACAACGCUUUGUGUAACAACAUAGUACUAUAUUAUUAAGUGUCGUUUUGUGUAUGAUAUGGAGGACCAGGAGAUGCAAGUGAAAGUCAAACGAGUGACUGACAAGUUUACUGAGAGUAUGUACGUUUUAGCCAACGAACCAUCAGUGGCUCUUUAUCGCCUGCAAGAACACGUCAGAAGGUCGCUGCCUGAACUAGUGCAACACAAAACAGAUAUGCAAAGCUGGGAAGAGCAAAGUCAAGGAGCAAUAUACACUGUGGAAUAUGCAUGCAGUGCUGUUAAAAGCAUGACAAAUAGCAGCUUGUACUUUAAAAGUAUAGACGGCCUUCUUCGUCAAGCCAUCAGCAUGAAGGAGCAAAUCAGCAACACCCAAGGACGCAGCAUGCAUGAUGCGACCCUCUCUCCAAGUCCUCACGCAGUCCCACCACAUCCCCAUGCCACUUCCUCAUGACCUUUGACUGCCAUUCUCCAAGGAGGCGGGUUGUGGACCAGUCCGCGCUGAAGGAAGGCGGAGAGAGGCAUAGCUCUGGGACGUGAUCUGCUGCCCUCUGGCUCUGUUCCCACCAGAGGGUCAAGAGAGGGUUCAGAGGUCAACACCUCCUCCAUCACAAUGGAUCACUGCCCCCACCUUCAUACCCACUCACUGGAAUGGAGACCCAGCCAGCCUGCCAGGUCCUGCAUUAAGACUUCUCAGUCGUACUGCCACUUAUCAAAGACUGUAUUGUUCAAUCUCGUGCAUCGCUUCGUUUUAACGGGACUUGCUCCAAAUGGACUUUGGAUACUGAUCAAUCUUCAGAUUGUAUUUCACUUUGGUCAAUGAAAAUUUAAGGUUUCUUGUAGUUUUUUUUAGUCUGAACGGAGGUGACGACUAAUGAAUUAAUCUGCUUUUGUCAAAAUAAAAGUACUUACAAGUGUUCAAA